CGCGGUGCUCGCUGAUGCAUCAUUGCUAAACAUACUAGUCUGGGACAUUUAGCUUAUUUUAAACCAUCAACGGUCGGAUGCGUUUGUUGUAUAUUGUGUUUUAUACAUUAGUGAGUUAUUUAAGAUUUUAGAAUAUCUGAUGAUACAAUCUUAACAUAACAGAAACACGUGUUCCGAAACGGUACCGGCUUGGUAGUAUUGUUUACGUUUUGGCGGAUUUUACACACUCUCCUCGCGACGUGAUGGAGAUGCGACUACUUUGCCUGAUGGCUUUGUCCUGCUUACUUCUCGCUAAUGGUGACGCACAGGACACGUGCACAAAUGUUGACGAUACACUGGAGGACUUUAAAGUGAAGACUUACUUUUGGGAAAAUGCCACAGGAUUUAACAAUGACAUGACAUGUUCGUGGACUAUGAGAGCUGUCAAUCAGGGAAACAAAAUUGCAUACCAGCUGACCGAUAUCAAUCUUGGUGUCGAUGACCACAUCAAUGUCUAUGCAGGAACGUCCACGGGUGACCAAAACGUACUGACUAAUCGCACCGGAACUAGCUUAUCGUUGACUAUUAUUGGCGUGGAUUCACCAGCUGUCCACGUGGUCCUUCAAACAGGAAAUGUUAUGCAGGCGACUCGUCAGAGUGUGAAUGCGUAUUUCAUGGCAGGAUCUGACCACUCUGGAGCAGUAUCUUGUGUUAAUCAGACGCUCGUUGCCGGGGCUGAACCACAAUUCCUCACGACUCCCGCAUUUCCUAUGGCGUAUCCAGUAUCUAAGAAAUGCAGUUGGAUUAUCACCUCACCAGAAUCUGCUACAUUAGAACUGACGUUUCACAUGAUUGAUAUAGAGGCGGGCGACUCGGCGGCCACGUGCAAUUAUGACGGCCUUGUUGUGUACCUACCCGGACAAAAAGACACUCCGGAGUUACUGGUUUGUAGACGGAACGUGUGGGUUCCCGAGACGCACGCUAUAGCCAGUAACCAGGUCCAGCUUGACUUCUCCGCGGACGAUUCUGACAGUUACGGGGGAUUCGUGUUAUCUUAUAAAGCGAUUCUUCCCCCAACAACAACGACUACACCUCAAACAAGUACAGAGGGUACAACUGAUUCGUCUGGAUGUAAUACUGAGCAGACGACAUCCGAAGACGAACCAGGAAGCAGUGAUUCUACAUCUAGCGAUAGUGAAAAUGAAGGCUGUGAGCUGGUUUCGUGUGUCAUUCCUAUUGUGGUUGUCAUUGUCUUACUUUUCGUCGCCGUUGUCGUCGCUGUCGUCUUGGUCAGGAAACGACAGAAGGGUUCGAGUAAGAAGUACACCCCCGCUGCUGGUACCGAACCUGGUGAAAUGAAGAAAAUGUCGCCAGACGCUGAGGAUGUAUAAACGUGUAUACUCCCUGUACUGCUGAAAUGUGGCUCAUAUCAUAGGACAAAGAAA